GCCCCGGCACCGAAUGUCGCUUGUGCACCUGGCAGGGCUGAAGAGGAAGGCCAAGCUGCACCAUGUCAUCGGCACCACCUUCGGCCAGUGGAUUCUGGUGCUGAGCCUUUUCUUGUGCCUGCAGUGCAGCGGCACUGUCCUGUGGCUGCUUUCGGGCGGAAACGAUGAGUUCAGCACCACCUUGAAUGACAGUUGGUGGAUCAGCUACACUUUGCUGAUUGACAUCGGCACUCAGACGGGCUUUGCUGCACAUGAGCGCCCUACCAUCAAGAUCGUGAGCGUUGUCAUAUCGUUAGUUGGCUUCGUCUACUGUCUCACGCUUCUGGGUAUGGUUGUGGACCUCAUCCGGGAGGUGCUGGACGACUGCCGGUUGCGGUAUAGCAGCGUGCCAGCGCAGGGGCACUGGUUGAUCCUGGGCUGGGGCGACAAGACGCUGCUGUUGGUGGAUGAGUUGCUGACGUCCAUGGCGCAAACCAAGCGUGGCCGGUGUGGCUGCUGCAAGCGGCGCCAAAUCGUGAUACUCGCAAACAUGCCAACGCAGCAGAUGGCAGACGAGGUUCAAGUGCAUUGCAUGACCGACCCGCUCCUCCAGUGGAUCACCUCGCUCUUCUUCCCCGUGGUGCGCUUCCGGGAGGGCAGCCCCACGGACGUCACGGAGCUGCUGCGCGUGAGCGCGCCCUACGCCCGGGACAUCCUGGUGUCCUCCACCUCGGAGAACGGGCCCCGCUCCGACCUCAAGGCCAUCUCCGCGCUGCUGGCCGUGGCGGCAAUGCCCUCAGACUCGCCGCUGACCGGGGAGGUCUGGGUCGAGGUGUGCCAGGAGCAAAGCAUCCGGGCAGUCAACACCAUCCUACCGCAGGCGCGCACCAUCGUGGCGCGGAAGCUGGUGAAUCGCAUGAUGGUUCUGCGCGCUCUCGUGCCAUCAGCAGGCUACGUGUACCUAAGCUUGACCACUCUCAAGGGCGACGCGAACCUCCACGUUCUGCCAGCUCCUUCCCUCGUUUGUGGCGUGUCUUUCAAAGAGCUGUGCCGCUUUUUCCCCGACGCGGUGGUUUGCGGCGUGCAGCGAGCAGGGCACCAGGCGCUUGUGCCGCACGGCAGCUACCGCAUCGAGGCCACCGACACCCUGGUGCUGAUCGCGCGAGGCGCCGAGGACGCGCAGCGGUGUUUGCGGGCACGUCGGCCGAUUGCCUACGAGUGCAAAGCGGAGCCAUGCGGCAGCGUAUGCACUGCGGAGCCUAUGGUCAUGGAAGACGGCCAGCUCCGACUUGGCCCUGCUGCGGAUGGUGCAAAGGUGGUGCUCUUGCUGGGCUGCCCCAGCGACGUCGCGGAGAUCUUGGACAUCAUGGAUGUUCUUCUGGCGGCUGGAAGCGCGGUGCACAUCCUGUCUAGGACGCCAGCUGCAGAGCGCGAACAGCUCAUCCAACAGCAUUUGCGGAAUGCGGGGCGGGCGGCCUUUGCGCGCAUCACUGUGCACCAGUACGAGGGCGAGAGCACCAGCAAGUGGGAAAUGAUGAAGCUCCCGCUGGAGACGGCCACCUGCGCCCUGAUCCUGGCGGAGCGCUUGAGCGAGGACGAGUCCACCCUGGCAAUCGACUCCCGGAACCUCACUACGGCGAUCCUGCUGAAGCAGAACCUCACCACUGUCGGGGGGCUAGGGCCAGGCACUCCCUCACGGAGCAUCACGCGGACGUAUACCACCGCCUCCAAAGACAGCACCGUUGUGCGAGGCAACCGGCAGAAGUGCAAGUUGGUGACCGAGCUUUUGGACCCAAAGAGCGAGACCGUGCUGGCUAGCAAUGCUGGGGUGAGGAGCCAGGGCUCCUAUGUCUACACCAAUGCUAGGGAGACAGCCAUUUACGCCCUGGCAGUCGAGCAACGCGAGGUGUAUAACCUCUUUGAGCAGUUAUCCGACGCACGCUGCGACGCCGGCUUCGUGACAACUGCGCCGGUGAGCCAUUACAUCGAUGGGAUCGAAGAUCUCUCGUUCUACGAGAUGCAUGACAGGGUCUUCCAGACCUGCGGCGGUGUGUUGCUGGGCUGGCGGGACUUCGCGGAGCGCUACCCCCAGCUGAACCCCCCGGACAAGGCUGAGACGCUGGAGUGGGCGGAUGUUGGCGGGUCGGAGCUCAUCAUUCUGCGGCCUGCAGAUGGAAGUGGCGAGGUGAAGUCGGCAGGCAGUCCAAGAAAGCAGCUUGCGACGGAGGAGUGAGAAGGAGACAGUGGAGGAGGUUCCAAAGGAGCAAAGUCCCAAGUCUUAGGGGGCUUGCCCCAGCCGGCCAGUCUCUCGAUAGUUCUGAGUGCCACUGUCCAGUGUACAGCAGUGGUGGAAAUUCUGAAGUUUCGCGUGCUUCGAUUGUGGCAAAAUCGAGUCCA